GGGCCACGCAGGGGCGGCAGCAGCAGCAGUAGCGGCGGCGCGGACGGCACCGCGGAGGGCGCACGGCCUGCCUGCCUGCCUAUCUCGCUGCCGGCAUGGCCGACAGCGCCAGCGAGAGCGACACGGACGGCGGCGUCGGGGCGUUGGGGGCGCCGGAGGCGUCGUCGUCGGGGCCCGGAGGGGGCGCGUCGUCGUCGUCGUCUUCGGCCGCGGGCCCCGGGAAGGCGGGCGGCAUCGUGAUCUCCCCGUUCCGGCUGGAGGAGCUGACCAACCGGCUGGCCUCGCUGCAGCAGGAGAACAAGGUGCUGAAGAUCGAGCUGGAGACCUACAAGCUCAAGUGCAAAGCGCUGCAGGAGGAGAACCGCGACCUGCGCAAGGCCAGCGUCACCAUCCAAGCCCGAGCGGAGCAAGAAGAAGAAUUUAUCAGUAAUACCCUGUUUAAGAAGAUUCAAGCUUUGCAGAAGGAGAAGGAAACGUUGGCUGUGAAUUAUGAAAAGGAGGAAGAAUUUCUCACUAACGAACUCUCAAGGAAGCUGAUGCAGCUGCAGCAUGAGAAGGCAGAGCUGGAACAGCACCUGGAGCAGGAGCAGGAGUUCCAAGUCAACAAGUUGAUGAAGAAAAUUAAAAAACUGGAAAACGACACCAUUUCGAAGCAGCUCACUCUGGAACAGCUAAGGCGUGAGAAGAUUGAUCUGGAAAACACCCUAGAACAAGAACAGGAAGCUCUUGUGAACCGUCUCUGGAAGAGGAUGGACAAACUUGAAGCUGAAAAAAGAAUUCUCCAGGAGAAACUGGACCAGCCCGUGUCUGCUCCUCCGUCGCCAAGGGACAUAUCAAUGGAAAUAGACUCUCCAGAAAACAUGAUGCGCCAUAUCAGGUUUCUGAAGAACGAGGUGGAGAGGUUAAAAAAACAGCUCCGAGCAGCACAGCUACAGCAUUCAGAGAAGAUGGCCCAGUACCUGGAGGAAGAACGUCACAUGCGAGAGGAGAACCUGAGGCUCCAACGGAAGUUGCAGCGAGAGAUGGAGCGAAGGGAAGCCUUGUGCCGGCAGCUGUCUGAAAGCGAAUCCAGUCUGGAAAUGGACGAUGAAAGAUACUUUAAUGAAAUGUCUGCACAAGGAUUAAGACCUCGCACUGUGUCAAGUCCGAUCCCAUACACACCUUCUCCAAGUUCUAGCAGACCCAUCUCACCAGGUCUCUCGUAUGCAAGCCACACCGUUGGGUUCACUCCCCCAACUUCCCUCACCAGAGCUGGCAUGUCGUACUAUAACUCUCCUGGCCUUCACGUGCAGCAUAUGGGACCGUCCCACAGCAUUACGAGGCCUUUGCCGCGAAGAAGCAACAGCCCGGACAAGUUCAAGCGCCCCACGCCCCCUCCCUCUCCGAACACGCAGACCCCGCUGCCGUCGGCGCCCCCACCUCCCCCUCCGCCUCCCCAGCUGGCUCCUUUCCAGCCCUCCACUCAGCCUUAGUGCCCUGGCCAAUGAUCCUGCCUUCAGAGUUGGACUCAUCCCCCCACCCCACCCCCCCGGAGCAGUUUACUACAAGCCAAAGGCUUACCACGGUCAAUUGGGAGUUGACUGACUUGCACUGAGAUUGUCGAGGCUUCACCGUUUCAUUGUGUCGUACCAGUUUUUGCCCAAGGACCUCCUCCGGCAUUAGCGCGUGGCCCGCCUCCAAGGUGCUCCCUUCCCGGGAGGCAGGUGGACGGCAGCACCUGGGCAUCCCCCACCACCUGGGGGGCCCCCCUCCUUGCAGGAAGCGCCCUCUCUCGAUUUCUCCAGAAGGCAGCCCAUCGGGGUGAGAUCCGCAACAUCCACCUGAAGCGAGGCAACCCAAACCCAUCCGUGUUGACAUGGGAACAUCCAUCUCUGCACCUGCCGCAGCUGGUACACCGGUGCUGGUGUUCAGUAUCGCGGCCUCCUGUUUUGCUCCCCAUCCAGCCUCUCUUUUACCCCACCCCCCACCCUCCCUCCCUUCCUCCUUUCCGAGAUUCAAAAGGGAUUGUUCACAACAUCUUGCAUUCUGCGACUAAGGCACGGGCUAAUACAUUGCAAGCUGUCCCAGGUAUGGCGAUGUGUUUCCGGCGUACGCCGCAAAUCAGCUCUACAUUUCAGUACGGCUUUUUAGUGCAAAAAGUAAUCGCCCGACCGACACCUUAUCUCUCGAAUUGUGUCCCUUAAUUUCCAGACUCAAGUAAAGCGUACACGCUCAGCCCACCCCCGUUUAUCCACUGUGUUGGUACUGUCUUAAAUGUCAGACCCCGUAAGACGUAUGGAUCUCCCUCCCUCUUCCCGUUUCCGCCUUCCCUCCUUCCUUUCUCUCCCUCCCCUUUCCUCCCUCCCUUGUGAAGCCUGUCCCGCUGCUUUGUUAUAAUGCUUGGAGCUGUCUACAGUUUCUUCUCUCUGAUUUUUCUGCUGUAGGAAUGCAGUUUUUAUGAAAAGCGGCAAAAAAAAAGCCUGAUUUUUUUUCCCCCUUGUUUAAAAUAUUUUAAUGGUGUGGCCCUUCCUCUCCGAAAGUUUAAACCACGAUAUUAGGCUUUUGGAAGAAAAGAGAAGGAACCCCCCCCCCCCCACAGAUGGGAGGUGCUCCUUUAUAGCAGCAUAUGGUAAGCAGCCAAAAGUGUUGUAUUGCUUGAGUAGAAAAGGAUCAAGAGAAAGUUAGGUGACAAUAGCAAAUGGCGUAUUUAGCAGCAUAAGCCGGUACAAUGUAUAAAGAAAUGUAUUCUGGAAUACAUUCUUUCAAUUCAUUUAGCACAAAUAAAUGGUUUGUUUCACUUGG